CCACAGAAGCUCCAUUUUCAUCCAUGGAUAUGUCCUAUCCUAGCAUAUGAAGCAGACGACGUCUCAAUUCACCAUGCAGGAAACAUAUGUAGGCUUGCCGUUUACUUAAGCUGUAUGGAGGGAAAUGUCCUUUAAAGAUAUCCAUGACGCAGUGACCGUCACAAUGUAAAUGCAAGGACGUGUGAUAAGACGGUUGAUGUCCUGAUUUGUUUCAUAGUCUUAUCAUAUUCUCUUAUAAGUGUCCUUCUCCCGUCCAUUCUGUUUGUAGCCGUCAUUAGGUAUUCUUCGAAACAAAACUUAAUAGAUAAUAUUUCUAGCCUUUAUAUGCUUUCUUGAACUAUACAAUUAUAUACUGCUGCAGGUCAACUCCCUGGGUAAUUCAAUAUGUCUUUACAACUCACUUCUGUGAAGUGCGACGAAAAGAGAGACGAGCAAUCUCAUAAAUCAGCUUGGUUUCAGUUCAUCAAGUCUGUCGCCACAUUCAAAGGAGAUCUCACAUCCCUAACAGCACCACCCUUCUUACUUGCUCCCCAAUCCAUCGUCGAAUUCAGCACAUACUGGGCCGAGCACCCAAGCCUCCUAGUAUCACCCGCCCGAGAAGAAUGCCCCGAAAAAAGAUCAUUAAAAGUCCUACAAUGGUUCAUCAGCACACUCCGCCAUCAACACGCGAGCAAAGACGAAAACGGCAAGCGAAAAAAGAUGAAGCCCCUGAACCCAUUCUUAGGUGAGCUAUUCGUAGGGAAAUGGCAUGAUAGCGCGGGAACGACGCAUCUUGUGACGGAACAAGUCAGCCACCACCCACCGGCAACGGCGUUUAAGAUCUGGAACGAUGCGCAUGGCGUCAGCCUUGAGGGACAUGUCGCGCCGAAGGCGUAUUUCUCGUCAACUAUAAAUAUCGAGCGAAAGGGGUAUAGCAUCCUGCACAUCGACCAAUACGACGAAGACUACUGGAUCACGAUGCCGAAGGCGCAUGUCGAGGGUCUAGUGACGUUCCAAAUCGCGCCCGAACUCAGUGGUGUAUCGUACAUACGCAGUUCCUCGGGCUACACGGCGCGCAUCAAUUACUCGUGUAAAGGUUGGUUAAAGGGGAAGAGCAACUCGUUUAACGCUACUUUAUACCGCGACGAUGACGAAAGCAAGCCUUUGUAUGUUCUAGAAGGGCAGUGGAAUGAUUCAUAUAUGGUUAAGACGGGCAAGGGGAAGGUACUGGAGACGGUUGAUUUGACUGCGUUGCGGAGGACGCCAUUUCAGGUUGCAUCGCUUGAUUCACAGCAUCCGCUUGAGUCUAGACGUGCGUGGAGGCAUGUUGUUGAUGCUAUUAAUUCGAACGAUAUUUUCGCCGUGGGCCACGAGAAGAGUAAAAUCGAAAACGCACAGCGGGCGCUACGUAAGCAAGAGCGGGAAGCAGGGAAGACUUGGGCGAGGCGAUAUUUCCGACAUGUCGAGGAGGAUCCUAUAGCAGACAGGCUCUCGAUACAAGACAAGGCCAUAGCGGCGGAUGGGCAUGAUAAGAUGAUCUGGAAAUUUGACAAUGAGAAGUACAGGAGGAUCGCGGAAGACCAGAGAAAUGGUAUUAAGAGCCCAACGCAUGCUCGUUUCGAUUCAGGGAUUGGUUUGUCGGAGAUGGAGUUAUAGACCGGAGCUUGGAUGAGGAUCAUUGCAUUUACGGGACCUUUGGCGCACGAUAUCGGAAGGACGGGUACACAGAAAUGUAUGGGAAAUGGGCCCAUGAAUAUUAUGCUGGCGGGCUAGGCAAGGGAUGGUUAAAUAGGCGAAUAAAUGGGGAACAGCUCACAGUAAAAUAAAUCAAAGAGUCGAAUUCA